UGACGACCGUCAAUACUCACCUCAGUACUUAUUUUACUUAUUUGCUACGAUACAAUUUAUAAUAACUGAUAACACGAUAGCAAUUUUCAUAUUUUUACUUUUUUUCAGAAUUUUGUGUGAAAUAUUUGUAUUUACUAUUUAAUUCUAGAACUAGACUUACAACAAUGAUGGUACUUACUAGUUUUAACAGAAUACUCGGGCAAACGAUGUGUGUGCAAUUGCCUAAACGUUAUAUAACUAGCAAGGCUUUACGAGCUUCAUUAGGGUUAUCGGACCAAAAAAAACCAGCACCAUUUCCUUAUAAAGAGAAAAACUAUACUUUCUUGAGAAGUCUAUUUGAUAAAACGACCCAACGUUUUGAUGACAACACUAAGCUUAUUUUGCUUGAAGGACCAGUUGGUAUUGGUAAGACAGCAGUUGGAAAACAAUUAGCUGAUGAAUUAGGAAUGCACUUUAUGCCAGACGUUACUAUGGAUUCUUACUAUAUCAAUGAUUAUGGAUAUGACAUGCGAAAAUUAGACCCACAAUUGCCAGUUAAUUGUCGAAGCUUUGAUGAAAAAAAUUUUCUUGAAACUCCUGAUCACUUUAAUGCAGCCGCAUUUCAAAUAAUAAAAUUUAAGCUACGUUAUGCUUACUACAUUGAUGCACUUGCUCACCUGUUAAAUACAGGUGAUGGUGUUAUUAUUGAACGUAGUCCAUUCAGUGAUUUUGUAUUUAUGGAAGCUAUGUACAAAUGCAAGUAUGUUAGCAGAACAGCAUAUGAUAUUUAUUAUACAUUACAUCGACAUGCUUUGCCGGACUUGUUAAAUCCACAUUUGGUUGUUUAUUUGGAUGUACCUGUACCAAAACUAUUAGAAAAAGCCAAAGAAAAAAAAGUUAACUCAAAGGCAAUGAAUACAACAUAUUUAGAAUGUAUGGAUGAUAAAUUAAAAUCUAAAUUUUUACGUGAGAUAAGUCUAAAAUCUGAAGUAUUAGUUUAUGAUUGGUCUGAAGGAGGCAAUGCCGAAGUUAUUGUAGAAGAUAUAGAGCGUCUUGAUUUUGAUAAUUAUGCAGCUGAUAGUCCAAAAAUUCAAGACUGGUGUUACUCUAGAGAACAGUACUGGGCUGAUGUCAGAAUGAAAUAUACGAAUGAUAAAGAUGUGUUGAUGGCUAAUUUCGAUGUUCCAAUAGUUGAUGCUCCAGAACUUAACAUACCUGGUGAAGAAAUAGAAGUUCUUACAGUAAGCUAUAUCCAGGCUCCAGGAAAUACUCAUGAAGAAGGUUAUGAUCCAAAGUAUCACAAAUUAUCAGAAAUUUUAUUCAAGACUAAGGAUACUAAAAAGUGGGAUCCUGUAUCAUAGUGUAUAAAUGUCUUAUGUAAAUGUAUUAAUAUUGUUUAAUUAAUUAAUGAACAACACAAAUUAGUUAAAUAUGAAAAAAAAAAAAUUGUACAUUUUGAAAUUUAAAUAAACAUAUUAUUAUGAAUUCA